UCCGCAACUCGUUACAAUCAUAUAACCUACACCAACUACAUGGAACAAGCAACUGCAUCUGACGAUAUCGUCCCCGUAGACAUUCCUUCUGAGCUUGGUGUUGAUGAGAUAGGACCCAACAGAUACAUCGGCAAAAAGCCGCUCCGUAAACCAGAUGCUAGGAAUCGUGGUGUUUAUGGUGGAUCACUUUGUGCCCAAGCUAUACUCGUAGCUAUGAAAUCGUCACCACCGGGAUUUCGCCCACAUUCGCUCCAUUCAUACUUUGUGAAAUCAGUUGACGAAGAUACUCCGGUUGUUUGGGAAGUACAGGAGAUCAGCAAUGGUCGCAAUUUCGUUAAUCGGAUGAUUAGUGCUAUUCAAUAUGACAAAUUGGUUUAUACCGCAAAUAUCUCACUUACAUUAAAGAAUUCGAAGCUGGGUUCCAAAGAAGAGGAAUUUUCUUUCCAAACUCCCCGUGAUGAAAACUUUGAAAAAUUUAAGUCAGACAACUUACACAUUUACGAAGCAAACCCAAAUCUAUACAUUUACUUAAAGACAUUCCCAACCAAGAAAAACCUAGCAUACGAUCCCGAACGAAAACUCUCAUACGUGCUCAGAUUGGGAAUUGAAAAUGAGCAAGGGUUGCAUCAACCAAUAGCUCCAUUAAGUCGUGAAUCGCAGUACAUGGGCCUUGCGGCACUUACCGAUUGGAUCUGGCUUAUAAAUGUCAUGAAGCAUAUUGGGAUCGAUAGUAACGAAGUACCAAGACAUACUGUUUCACUAGAUCAUUGCAUAUAUUUCCAUGAUGACGAUUUCGAUGUUACUAACUGGAUAGGGUAUACUUUAGGGUUGACGAGAAUCAGUCAUGAUCGGGCAUUGGUUCGAGGUGAAGUUUAUAGUGACAAAGGUUUACACAUUGCAAGUAUUACGCAAGAAAGAUUGUUUUUGGUUGGUGGGAGAAAAGCAAGACCUAAGUUGUAGAUGUUAUUUAUUAAAUAGUUUAUACGAAAUAGAAAGUUAUGAUAGUU